AUGAAUGAUUCUUCGUCAUUACCAAAUCAAAAUGCAUUAAUGUUUGAAGAAAACGAAGAAGUACUCUGUUUUCAAGGAUCCUUACUUUAUAAAGCUAAAAUCUUAAAAUCGGAAAAAUGUCAAACAGUGGAUGUUUUGGGAUCAAGUGUGGAAAGUUCAUACUAUCUUUUACAAUUUAUAGAAAGCAAUUCUAGUAUUAAAGAUGAAUGGGUUGUCAGCAGUAGAAUUUUAAAGUUGACAAGUGAGAACCUUCAAAAGCAAAUCCAACUUCAUGAGAAAUUUAUUCAGUCAAUAGAGAAUAAUACUUUUAUAUCGAAAGAAGAAUUGAUAAAAGAAUCAAUGAAUCGAUUCUCAAACAGCCAAAUUAAUAGAAAUGAUAGUUUAUUCGGUAAUUCAGCAUCAAAAAUUCAAAGGGAUAAUUCCGAAUUGAAAGUCGAGUUAACCAAAAAUGAUUCCAGCACGGAUAAUAAUGAAACGAAUAUCAUGAGGGAAACUCAAGCUUCGCUAAAUAACAAUGAUAAGGAAAGUGAAACUUUGAAUUCGGAAUUUAAAGAGAAAGAUGGAAUUUUACCACUCGAGGAGUUUUCAUUCGACGAGUUAAAUGAAUUAUACAAUAAUGAUUACGAAGAAUAUUCAGACUCUAAAUCAUCUUCGCAGGAAGAGCUGAAAGAGCAAGAGGAGUCUUCUUGUACGGAUAAUGAGUCAGAUGUGUCAGAUGCUCAUUUUGAAUUUCCUGAAUUUCUCAUGCACAAACUUUGUGAAGAUCGUGAAAAUGUCGUAAAACACGACAAAUUUAUCUCAACUCCGCGGGAAAUUACGGUUAAGCAAAUUCUAGAGCGAUGGAUCAUCUAUCAAAAAGUAGAAGAUGGCUUUGGUAGCUCAAUAAUACGUGAUAAUGCUAAUGUUCAACAUGACGCCAUCAAUAUUGACAUUCCUCACGAUGAUGAUAAUGAUGAGUCUGAUGAAUCGACUUCCGAUUUCGAUUCAGAAAUAAAAGAUAUUUACUCAGAGAUGGCUGAAGGUCUCAUGGAACAUUUCGAUCGUGUAUUGAUUCGCAACUUAUUGUACACUAAUGAGCAACCAAUUUCACAUCAAAAUUUAAAGUUUUCAGAAAUCUAUGGUGCUGAACAUUUACUUCGAUUAUUAUAUCAGUUGCCUUCUUUCUUGGAAUUGAUGAAAUUGACACAACACGCAAUCAAAGAAUUAAAUUACCGAUGCACUCAAAUCAUGGAUUUUUUGAUCAAGAAUGCCAAUGAAUUUUUCACCACUUCAUCGUCGACAAAAACAAGGAAAUUCAAAGAUCUCUCAAAGAACGCCGAAACUAGAACUACAAUGAGAAAAACAAGAGAAACAAGAAAUCCAGUGAAAAGGAAAAGACGAAAAGUUACAACGAAAAAACCAAAGCUAACAGAACGUGUGGCGAAAAGAUCAACGGCCACCACAAAAAAAGAAACAGAACCUUCUCCGAAAAAACCAAAGAUUAAUAUCGUCUUAGAAGACUAUAUUUGUGAAAAUUGUGUAACGACGUUCUCCACACAGUGGCGAUUAGGUCUAAACGGAGAAAGACUGUGUAAUGCUUGUUGUGUCUAUGAAAGACGGCACGGAAAACCUCGCCCUUACAGAACCGCAUAUAAAGCAAGAAAAUCAAAGAACAAGCGAUAA